AUGGAGACUAUUUCUAGAUGGCUUAGAUUAGAACUGGCAGCUGCUGGUACAGACUCCUCAAAUAUUCAGGGCAUAGUACAAGGGCCGCCCCCAACCACGCAGCACAGAACCAAGGAGUUCAGAGUCAGUGUAUCAUGGCAGCUGCAGGUUCAUCUUGGCAGAGCUAUUUUCUACGAUGUGACUGAAACAGCUGUUUACUGCGAUGUGACUGAAACAGCUGUUUACUGUGAUGUGACGGAAACAGCUAUUUACUGUGAUGUGACUGAAACAGCUCUUUACUGCGAUGUGACUGAAACAGCUGUUUACUGUGAUGUGACGGAAACAGCUAUUUACUGUGAUGUGACUGAAACAGCUGUUUACUGUGAUGUGACUGAAACAGCUAUUUACUGUGAUGUGACUGAAACAGCGGUUUUCUACGAUGUGACUGAAACAGCUGUUUACUGCGAUGUGACUGAAACAGCUGUUUACUGUGAUGUGACGGAAACAGCUGUUUUCUGCGAUGUGACUGAAACAGCUGUUUACUGCGAUGUGACUGAAACAGCUGUUUACUGCGAUGUGACUGAAACAGCUGUUUACUGCGAUGUUACUGAAACAGCUGUUUACUGCGAUGUGACUGAAACGGCUGUUUACUGCGAUGUGACUGAAACGGCUGUUUACUGCGAUGUGACUGAAACAGCUGUUUACUGUGAUGUGACGGAAACAGCUAUUUACUGUGAUGUGACUGAAACAGCGGUUUUCUACGAUGUGACUGAAACAGCGGUUUUCUACGAUGUGACUGAAACAGCUGUUUACUGCGAUGUGACUGAAACAGCUGUUUUCUGCGAUGUGACUGAAACAGCUGUUUACUGCGAUGUGACUGAAACAGCUGUUUUCUGCGAGGUGACUGAAACAGCUGUUUACUGCGAGGUGACUGAAACAGCUUUUUACUGCGAUGUGUCUGAAACAGCUAUUUACUGUGAUGUGACUGAAACAGCUGUUUACUUCGACCGCAACACGAGCUCUGUGGGGAUGUGCACUGUCAUCUUGGAACUCAAGUUCUGA